AACGAGAGGGCGCCCCCGCGGGCGCCGGGGGGGGGGGCGGCGGUGCCGGCCGCCGCCCGCCAUGGCCCUGCCGGCGGAGGCCGAGUCCCGCCUGUACCGGGCGCUGCGGACCGCCUCGGGCGCCGCCGCCCACGCCGCGGCGCUCGGCUUCCCCGCCGCCGUGGCGCUGCCGGCGCGGCCCGGCUCCAGCCUCUUCUCCUGGCACCCGCUGCUCAUGGCGCUCGCGUUCUCCUUCCUGCUGACGGAGGCGCUGCUGGUGUUCUCCCCCGAGAGCUCCCCGCUGCGCGCCUUCUCCCGCAAGGUCAAGGUGCGGGUGCACUGGGCCCUCCAGCUGCUCGCGCUCCUCUGCGCCCUCCUGGGGCUGGGCAUCAUCAGCUACAACAAGCACCUGAACGGCAAGGCGCACUUCGUCACCUGGCACGGCCUCACGGGGCUGCUGGCCGUGCUGUACGCCGGCAUGCAGUGCGCGGGGGGGGUGCUCCUGCUCUACCCCAAGCUGGUGAAGAACUGGACGCUGGCCAAGCUGAAGCUGUACCACGCGACCUCGGGGCUGGUGGGGUACCUUCUGGGCUGUGCCAGCCUGAUGCUGGGCAUGUGCUCCUUGUGGUUCACCACCUCGGUGACCGGCGUCUCCUGGUACCUCUUGAUGCUGUGUCCCAUUCUCACCAGCCUGGUUAUCAUGAACCAGGUGAGCAACGCUUACCUGUACCGCAAGCGGAGCCAGCACUGAGGCCCCGGUGUGGAUCCGAGCUUCCCUUGUGCGAUCCCGCGGGGCCAGGGCUCUGCGGGCUGCUGGACCCGGGAAGCCUCCCAUGGGGGUUCUGACUUGCAGUCGCAGUGCUCUCCUCAGAACUAGAUUCCUACCUACUCAUCUGUUGUUAGAGUAUCUGUAGUGUCAGCCCUGGCGUCAGGGAGCAGCUACAGUGUGCGUGACCCCCGCGGCAGGCACGAGCUGCCUGGCCUGUGCCCGCCGCAGUGGUGAACAGCUUGCCAGCACAGGUAACUGCUGGUCCCUGCAACAGCUUGCUGCUUGGCAGAGGACUGCUUGCUGCCCUGCUGCUGGGAACCAGAGGGCUCAUGACACUUAUCACUCAGGACUCCUUCCCCUUUCUCCUCCCCUUAUGCAGCAGGUCCGCUUUGGAGCGGGCAGGCCAGGAGCUGUUACAUCCCUGGGGGAGUCCCUGCUUGCCCGGGGCUGAGGGCUGGUGUCUCCCGGCAGCCCGCUUGCUGCGCAGCCGGGGGUGGAGGGAUGAUGGCCGCAGCAGGCACGUGCCCCACUGCCUCUCCCGCACCAGACAGCAUCUCCAUCGACAAAAGCAUGGGGCAGGGCUCUGCUGGGGGAAGAGGGCCGAAGCGGGGCUGCAGCAUCCACGGCGAGCUGCGUGGGGGCCCUGGGGGCUCUGUGGGGCUGGGGGCACCUGAGCCCAGCCCAGCUGGACCAGCAUGCGCAGGAGCCGGUCGUGGUUGGCCCUACCCGAUAGCGGUGAAUGCAGGCACCGAUCUCCACGCACACAUCCCCGCUGCCUGCCGGGGCACCUGGCAGCAGAGCAGGGAGGCCUAGGCCUGGCCACAGCAGCAGCAGCAGGGGUGAGUUAUUGAGCCGAGCUGCAAACCAGUGAUCUGCUGAGGCCUGUUUUGUCCCUGUGUCUGGCACGUGCACGGCAGGGGCCGGAGGAGCCUUGGGGCUCCCUGCAAGGGGAGAGCGCGCCCUGCCAGCCCCCUUGGCUGGUUGUGCCGCCCCGUGCCAUGGCAGAGCUCCCCUUGCAGCGGGCCGGUGCCCCGGGCUCCUUCAGCCUAGCUCAGCGAGCGGGCUGGCCCUGGCUGGCUCCCCAGGGCGCUGCUCAUGGCGCUCGGCGCUCACCCGGAGGACGCGUCAUCGAGCUGGGCUGCGAAGCGACCGCUUGGAAGGCGGAAAGCGACCUCAUCCUGCCUCGGCUCGCCUGCUGGGCACCCGCGGGCGGCAUGACGGGGCCCUCCUCUGGCAUGGCAGCCUCUCCGGACCAGGCACGUCGCGGGCAGCCGGGGCCCCGCAAGGCUUGACCGGCUGGCGGGAUCAAGUGCUGCCUCCCCGGCCCACCAUGCUGCGCUGGAACGGCCCCAGGGCUCCCGCCUUGAUGCAAAUCGUGCUCUCUGCAGGGCCGGAGAGCUGGGAACAGCUCCCCAUCUGGGAAAUUCCUCUGUAUCCAGAGCUUUUAUUCAAUAAAGAUUUCAGGCAGCUACA